UUUUAAAUAGAUGCCUUAAACGAUUAGGCAAUAAAUAGAGCACCAGUAUUUGGUCACUCCCCUUCUCACAAAUGGCAACCUCUUCAAUGAGAGAAUCAAGCAAGGCUGUACGUUUUGAUGUAAUAUGUGGGCAUGUGCAAUUAGACGGCACAAAUGUACAAGAUAAAAAUCUGAAAAUUAAGGAGUACACAUCUUCUCUUAGAAACUGUUGUGCUUGAAUAAGAAAGCCUUUAAAAACUCAAUGCCUAAAGAAAGAAUUGAUGCCUUUCUUUGGAAGUCAAUCACCAAUUAACUUGGUAACUCUCCUGAAAAAACAAGUAAAUAUCCUCCAACAAUGUACCAGACCCAUUUUAUGGAGCCAUGAUAGGCCAUACUCAAUUUUGUUUCCAUCAAUACACCCAUUCACAAAGCUCUUUAUACAGUCCCUUUUUGUGCAAUGUUAGCUCAGCCUGAUUCACCUCUAAAACAAAUCUCAAUGACAUCAGGAUCAGCAGAGAUGAAUGGUAACACCACGCCGUUAGCUAAUAGACACCAAAAACCGACUGAAGAUGGCAAAAGUAAAACACCAAGGCACUCGCGAUGGACCAGGCAAGAAACACUUGUUCUCAUACAAGGGAAAAAGGUUGCAGAGGAAAGAGCUCAUAGGGGACGUAGAUCCACUUCUAUUUUUGGUUCAGACAAGCCGGAACCAAAAUGGGACUCGGUCUCCUCUUACUGCAGGCAACAUGGUGCAGACAGAGGACCUGUUCAAUGCAGAAAACGCUGGAGCAACAUGAUCAGUGAUUUCAAGAAAAUUAAAACAUGGGAGUCACAGGCAAAUGGAAGCAGCGAAUCUUACUGGAUUAUUAGCAACGAUCUCAGGCGAGAGAAAAGGCUACCAGGUUCUUUCGACAGAGAAGUCUACAAUGUCUUGGAUGGGAAGGACGUGUCAGCGGAAGCAUGCCAACUAGCUCUGGUAACCAUAACCACAGAUGAUAAAUUUGGCUAUGGUAUGGAAACAGUCGAAGAAGAGGAAGAGGAAGAGGAAGAGGAAGAGGAAGAUAAUGACGAUGUUUCUCAUACAGGGGAAUAUACCAUGGAAGAUGAUGUUCUGCCUCCAGUCACGGAGGAAGUUGGAAGCAACCCACUAAAGGAAGGCGAUGUCAAAGAUAAAAAAGCUAAGUCCAUUCCCUCUCCAACACCUAUAUCAGGUACAGCUGAAGGAGAACAGCCUGUAUCAGAUUUCUGGAAUAGCCCUAUGUCUCAGAAAAGAGUGAAGAGAAGAAGAGAGUCAUCAAAUGGUUGUACUGACAGUAAUCUGGGAUAUAAACUGCUGAAAAUUCUGGAGCGAAACACCUCUAUGCUUCAUGCACAACUUGAUGCUCAAAUAAACAAUCAUCAGCUGGACAGAGAGCAGCGGAAGGAACACACUGAUAGCUUAAUUGCUGCUCUUAACAAGGUAACUGAUGCACUGGCAAGAAUUGCUGAUAAGAUGUAAUGGACAAAAUGCCGAUUUAAUAGUAGUUUUUGAUUUAUUUUUACUUUUGAUGAAGUAAGAAGUAGGUUCUGAUUAGUUAUCGACUAUCGUUGUUCUUGACAGUGAUUAUGAAGUUUAGUUCUUGGUUACUUUGUUUCUGCAUCUUCAAAUCUUUUUGACAAAUAUAAGAUUUUAUUUA